UUUCUCUCCUCUGUCACUUUCAUCAUAUAAUUCUCAUUAGAUUUCUCCCCUUUUCCCCAAGAUUUCAUCCCAACAAAACAACAAGCCCUUCUUCACAUUUCUCUCAUUUACUACACUACAGAAAAUAAAAAAAUUUGUGAAAAGAUCUUGAAAGUAUUUGACGACGAUUGCUUAGGUGGUUGGAAGUCUCGUUUUCAUUAUUAUAAUCAAUUGAUUGUUCCCCAUUCUCGUGAUUUCCUCACCUCCUCUUUCUCGCAAUUCUUUUUUGUUUUUGCCUUUCACACCAUCAUCAAUAAUAACCAUUGUUUAUCACUCCCUCUCUAGGGUUCUUAGAAUUUAUCCAUUAUACGCUAAAAGCUCAAAUCUUCUUGUCAAUUCGUCACAGCACCCAUUUCGCAAAUUUAGGUUUAUUCAAUUCUGUUUGGGUGUUUUUGAUGUUACCUCAUUGUCAAUUUGUCAUAUCUAAAUCUUGAUAAUUUUUUACGCAAUUUCUUCAGCACCUAAUUCGUAGCAACGAAAUUAGGUCAUUCCGAUUGGAUUAGUUUCGAAUCUUUUUCGUAAUUUUCAGAGUAUCCAACUCGAGGUUAGAUUAAGGUCGUUUCUUUAGGAUUCCAAUUGAUUCAAUUUCGUUUCCAAAAGCGAGAGUCUUUACUUAGUAGAAAGUUCGCGAAUCUCUUAGCAAUGUUUUGAGAAUGAAGAAGCGAUGUGGUGUAAAGAAAUGAAAUGGAUGUUAGAUCUGAGAACAGUAGUGUACAGGUGGUGAGAUGGGCGAAGUUACCAGGGCAAGUGAUCCAAAGAACAAGAUUACAAGUGUGGUUCAUUAGGAUUUGUUCCAGCAUUUUGAUCUGGACUUGUCUUGUUCAACUUGUCGCUGUUGGUGAGCUUUGGCAUCCCAAAUUGUUCACCAGAUUUUUAAAUGGCUUCGAAACCUUCCCAACACCACCACCAGCGCCACCACCUCUGCCACCUCCAAGGAAUUACAUAAGCAACGGGUUUCUUAAAGUUUCAUGUAACGGUGGCUUAAAUCAAAUGAGAGCUGCGAUAUGUGACAUGGUGACAGUUGCACGUCUUUUAAAUCUCACUCUGGUUGUUCCAGAGCUGGAUAAGACAUCUUUCUGGGCUGAUCCUAGUGAUUUUGAGGACAUUUUUGACGUGGGCCAUUUCAUUGAAUCACUAAGAGAUGAAGUCCGGAUUGUUAAAAGGUUGCCAAAGAGGUUUAGCAGGAAAUACGGAUUCCAACCAUUAGAAAUGCCACCUGUCAGUUGGUCAAGUGAAAAGUAUUACCUUGAACAGAUUCUACCACUUUUUAGCAAGCAUAAAGUCAUACACUUCAAUCGAACAGAUACACGAUUAGCAAACAAUGGACUUCCUCAAGAUCUUCAAAAACUCAGAUGUCGUGUCAAUUUCCAAGCCCUAAAGUUCACACCUUCAAUCGAGGCUCUUGGGAAUAAAUUAGUGCAAAUUCUUCAAGAACAAGGACCGUUUAUGGCAUUACACUUAAGAUAUGAAAUGGACAUGUUGGCCUUUUCAGGUUGCACACAUGGUUGCACCAUUGAAGAAGCUGAAGAACUCAAACGGCUUAGGUAUGCGUUUCCAUGGUGGAGAGAGAAGGAGAUAGUGUCUGAAGAGAGGAGAUCACAAGGUCUUUGUCCUCUUACACCUGAAGAGGCAACUUUGAUUCUACAAGCACUUGGUUUUGAGCAAAACACACAAAUAUACAUUGCAUCGGGUGAAAUUUAUGGAAGUGAAAAAAGACUCGAAAUGCUAAGGGCUACAUUUCCACGGAUUGUCAAGAAAGAAACUUUAUUAGAUAGAGAAGAGUUGAGACAAUUCCAAAAUCAUUCAUCUCAAAUGGCAGCUCUUGAUUUCAUGGUGUCAGUUGCUAGUAACAUUUAUGUUCCAUCUUAUGAUGGAAACAUGGCAAAGCUUGUUGAAGGUCAUAGAAGGUACUUUGGAUUCAAGAAAACUGUGAGAUUAAACAGAAGAAGACUUGUGGAAUUGAUAGAUUUACAUCAAAAUGGGACAAUAUCAUGGAAUGAGUUUUCAAAUGCUGUGAAAUCAUCACAUGAGGAAAGAAUGGGACAACCAAAUCAUCGUGUGAUGAUUGCAGAAAAACCAAAAGAAGAAGACUAUUUUUAUGCGAAUCCUGAAGAGUGCUUCUGUGAGAUGACAAAUUCUAGUCUUGAAUUGAAGAAGCCAUGAUUGAUUUUAAGGUCAAAAAUGGGAUUUGAGUUGAGUGCAUAGAUGCCACUUUGAAUCGAUGGAAAUGGGAAUUGUUCUUGAGAAAGAUGUUUUUGAAAUGAAAUUUGUGGGAAAUGAGAGAAAACAAGAAAUGAAAGAGUUGUUUGUUGAUAGAUAACAAGAGGGAAAAAAAGGAAGCACUACGUAAGUCGUCUUUCUAGGCAUAAAGAUUUGUUCUUUCAUAUUGUGCUUAUUAUUUCUUUUUUUCUUUUUCUUUUUUGUUCAAAAUUUCUGGACUUUGGUAUCUUAUACGGUAUUCAUAGUUAUAAGAAUGUUCAUUUGCUUCGAUAA